AUGACACCAUUACAAAUGAAGCAAACUCCAAAAGAAGUAAAAAAGAAAUCUUUCUGCCUGAAAAUGAAAGGGGACCAUUUGCAACUGGAUGAAAAUCACAAUUACUUUUACAGGGUUCAGGGUCAAGAAGGGGUAUCGGGAAUAGAAUGGUUUGACUUUGCUUUGUUGACAGAUCCUCAUAUUGGCUUAAAUGGAUUGUUUGUACAAAGAAUUUACUUCAAAAAAAAAAAAUCGGAGUCUGAGUGGCCGCCAAAGCUUACAGAGUUUUAUUUCAACCACCUCCUGCCUGUUUACUCUUCACUACAGUGA